CUCUUAUUUAAUUAUUGUUAAAGGGAAAUAAUUCUCAAAUAAUUAUGGCGCACACAUCGCUGUAUUCGUAUCUUAAUUCGUUGAAUGAUGCUUUGGCCAACAAGGAUGGAGAAAAAGCGUCUUCAUUUUUAUCAUUCCAUCAUCCACAUGUGGCCAAUCCUCGUCUGCAGCUUGAAAGACCAGAGGAGCCUUGUGAAAAGGUUUUUGAUCAGCCAUAUGAUGAGAUUGUAGCUGCACAUCUUAGAUGCUGUUGGGCUGUGGCAAAUCAUGACUUUGUGGAAGCCUAUGUCUGCCAAUCCCUUGUUGUACAGUUAUUCAUCCGUGAAUUCCAGAGUCAAAAAGAAGAUAACUGGGCACUACCCAUUAUGUUUGCCAUAUGCUUAGACCUGCGACUUUUUGCACAAAGUGCAGACAUCCAGGCAGUGAAAAAAAGCCAUGGUAAGCCAGGCGAGCAUCUAGAGAAAGCUGCUGAAUUGUUGAUGGGUUGCUUCCGAGUCUGUGCUUCUGACAACCGGGCUGCCAUUGAAGAUUCCAAGAAAUGGGGCAUGUUGAGCCUUGUCAAUCAUCUCUUCAAAAUUUACUUCAAAAUAAACAAACUUCAUCUUUGCAAGCCACUGAUUCGAGCUAUAGACAGUCUUCCUAUUAAAGAAAGGUUUAGCUUAUCACAGCUUAUUACAUACAGGUUCUAUGUUGGAAGGAAGGCUAUGUUUGACAGCGAUUUUAAAGCAGCUGAAGAGUACUUGACAUUUUCCUUCCAACACUGUCAUCGUCGAAGCAUAAAGAAUAAACGUUUUAUUUUAAUCUACCUCAUUCCUGUCAAGAUGUUGUUGGGACACAUGCCAAGGCAAGAUUUACUGGCAAAGCACGACUUGCUUCAGUUUUCUGAUGUGGCUCGAGCAGUCAGCUCUGGCAACCUGCUGCAGUUAAAUGAAGCCUUACAGAGGCAUGAGGCCUUCUUCAUUCGUUGUGGUAUCUAUCUGAUUCUGGAAAAGCUCAAGGUUAUCACAUACAGAAAUCUUUUCAAAAAAGUGUACUUGGUGCUGGACAAAAAGCAUCACAUUCCCAUCCAUGCCUUUACCACAGCUCUGAGAAUGAUGCAGGUGGAAGACAUUGAUGAUGAUGAGAGCCAGUGUAUUGUUGCCAACUUGAUAUGGGAGAAAAAAAUCAAGGGGUACAUCUCCGAGCCUCACAAACUUCUGGUUGUCAGCAAAGCCAAUCCCUUCCCGGCCUUAUCCUAA